AUGAGCGACGAAGAUUUCUUUACCACACCUUCCAACGAAGAAACCCAACAACCUGCUGACGAAAUGUUCGGCGAUCAACAACAACCACAAGAGUCCUUUGAUUCUUUCGCUUCUGGUGAUGAUAAUGGAUUUGUUGCUGAUGAUCAAGGUUUCGAUCAACAAGGUUAUGUUGAAGAACAAGAACAAGAACAACAAGAUUUUGAACAACAAGGUUACGUAGAAGAACAACCAAUGACUGUCUAUGAACAACAACAACAAGAACAAUACACCGAACCACCAAAGCAAGUGUCUGCCAUCAGAGAAUUCGAGGAAAAGAGAUACAACGCCCUUAUGGAAAAGGACAAUGAAAGCAGAGUGCAACACGAUAAAAUUUUGGACGAAGCCAAGAAUUAUAAGGCCAAGUAUAUCAAGGAUCGUGAAGAAAGAAAGGACACAAACUCCAAGAAGAACAAGGAUGAUGAAGAAAUCUUCCGUUCAACCAUGGAAACUGUUCACGAAAAUGUCUGGGAAAAUGUUAUGAAAUAUGUUGACUUGAACAAGGCAAAGUCUCAAAACAAGCUUGACAAGGAAUUGGAUGAUAUGGACGAACAAAUUCUCGGUAAGAAGAAGAAGAAGAAGAACCAACAAAAGGAAGAAGAAAAGACCACAGUCAAGAAAGCCGACCAAUUUGAUCAUCUUGAAGUUGAACAAAAGGAUACCACUAGACUCAGAAAGAUCCUUUUGGAAUUAAAGGCAGAAGCUCCAGCUCAUUAAAUAAACUUUAAAAGCAAUUUUUGUAUAGUAA